AUGGCACAGGUGCAGGCAGUGGAGAAGGAUCUUGUAACUAUGGCUCAGGAGUCUGAGAAGCUUAGGGCUGAGAUUGAGAAGAGAAGGCCACCUAGUUUCAGCGGACAUGGAGCUUACGGACGACCUAUGACAACUCCUGGGAUGGGCUUGCAAGACAUCUACGACAGCGGCUAUUCUUACAGAGAGAAACGCUACGAUGCUGGACCAUGGGACCCCCCUGGCUAUCCGCACCCAUGA